AUGAUUCGUUUAAGGAAACUUAUUAGUCAUUAUGCAUUUUGCACGUCUUUUUAGCGAGCAAAUCGUAUGCAAAUCGUAUGUAUGUAUAUAUGAUUUCAUUGAAAACGUUUGCAAGAUUUCCAUUUACAAACGCUUUGCAUCCAGAUCCUUAUCUUAAACGCUUACUGAAAACUCACAGUGACAGUACAUUUUCAAACUGUAUUCAGACAAAGAAAAAGACGAACAUGGCGCUUUUGUUUUCGUUAAGCUUGUUUAUUCAGUGCCUCUACUGCAUUAGCACACUAUCGGUGCAGACAUAAACUCAACUUGUAAAGCCAUUUUACAUACCAGCAGUCUGAAGCUGUUACUGUGUCUUUUCUUUCUAGCAAAAUUCAAGCCAGUCUUAGUCGUUUAGCAUAGUUAACACAUAAUAAAAUAAUAGUGUUUCAAAUAAAGCUUUACUAAUCUUUAUCACAAUUUUUACAUUUAAAUAGCAAGAUAGUAAACGUUUAGAUCUGAUUGCACGUUUCUUCGCCAUGCGAAGAUACCUUUGCAACUAUUUUGGCACUUUAUGACAGUCUUGUCGCUCACUAGACUUCAGUGGUCAAAUUCAAGUGCUGUCUGGACAGCUGUCUGCUUCCUUUGUACUUGAUUGAAGACGCCUGAGCAUUUAUCCAUAGAAAAUCUCCAUUUGUACAAACAGUUCUUCAUGAUAUCCACUCCAUUUUUAUUGAAUUAUAUUUAAAAAAGAAAUUUCCGAAAUGCAGCGAACCCACAACACGAAUCCUAAUGUCGACGUGAACAUCGUGUAUAAAUAAUUCUCCACAGAUCUAAGAUUCUAGGGAAAAUAGCCCUUUGUUUUACUGAGGAGUAAGUUUUGUUUUUGCUUUACUCGCAACUCGCUCGGUUUGUCAAUGGUCAGGUCAAAUUGGAUUUUGCAGUUUUCUCCUAAUUAAGGCCUAGUAAGUACUAAUUAUUUAUAAUACCAAAACCAAAGUUGCACGAUGUUCUGCUUCCAAAAAUGAUCGUUAUGACAGAAAAAUAUGCUAUGCAUUUUCUAAUUUAAGCCGCACACAGCAUAGUUUUUAUACUAGACUAAAGUAAUUGUCAUAUAAUUUUAAUAUGGUUGUUUGUAUGUAUGUACUUGUGUGUCUUUGUACGUGAAAUAAAUUAGCAACAAUUCCGAUAAUACCAGAUGAGAAUGUUCUUUAUGUUUAAUAUAGAAAAGUGUGUUGCAGUAAGCUUUAGACUCAAUAUACUAAAUAAAACUGCAUAAUAUGCAUUCGACCAUCAACAAUUAUUGUGAUUACGUAUAAUUUAAUAAACCUAAAAUGUAUAUCGAAUAGAAUAUGGUGUAUUACACGUUUUUAAAUCAUAAUCACAAAUGCAACGUCUCUCUGUUACAAAGGAUAUGCAAUUUGCAUUCAUUUGAGACCUAUAAUACUGCGCAUGUGCGUAAUAUAGCAUACACAUUGCUAUACGUUUAUAUGAUAAUCACUUCUAACGUCUCUGUGGUCUUCUGAAAGCCGACCGUGUGCAGCUCUACCACUAUAACUUAAAGCGAACCACUCCUCCACACGUUAAGCUUUUCCAAAUUGAUAUACGACAAUAUAUCUACUUUCGAUCACGUGUCUUUAGGAGCGACUUUAGACGGAAAGCAAGCGAGCGUCAUCUCGCAUUCCCAAAUUUUUUUCCCCCCUUUCUCUCUUCUGCGGUUCGAGUUCCCCCCCACCCACCACCAACACCACCAACCCCCCCGCAAAAAAAAACAUCCAUCCGACUGUACUCCGAGUGCAUGAGUCAGGACGAUGUUUAACUCGGUCAAUCUGGGCAACUUCUGCUCCCAGACGCGAAAAGACAGAGGUGCCGAAUUUGGGGAACGGACGGGCUGCGGCUCGAGUCUCUACCUCCCCAACUGCGCCUACUACGUGCCCGAGUUUUCUACUUCCUCCUCUGCGGUGUCGUCGUUCCUGCCGCAGGCUUCCUCGCGUCAGAUUGCUUACCCAUACCCCACAAGCCUGUCUCACGUGCAGCCUGUUCGGGACGUGUCGUACGGACUGGAUCCGUCAGCCAAGUGGCACCACAGAGGGAGCUACGCGCCGUGCUACGCGGCAGAGGAAUGUCUUCCGCCAUCGUCCUCUAUGACGGAAAUGCUGAUGAAGAACGAGAGUGUCUAUAACAACCAUCACCACCACCAUCAUCAUCCUCAUCAUCAUCAUCUUCAUCAACAAGCCGGUACAAGCUUUUACCCCGCCACGGGAAAGAACAACAACGUCCUCCCCCAAGGUUUUGAUCGUUUUUUCGAGGGUGCCUACGGAGGGUCCGUAGAGGACUGCGUGCAAAAAGAAGAGGACGUCAGCAAACCGGAUCCGGUGGCGCGUACCGACCCAGAAAAAGACCACCAGCGGGAGGAGGACGACGAGGAGGAUGAGCAUGCCACCACGGCGUCUGGUGCCUCGUCCUCGGCGGCGAAAGACGACGGUGCCUGCAAAAACGAGCACUCCAGUGCAACUCGGACGCGGAAGAAGCGAUGCCCUUACACUAAGUUUCAGAUCCGGGAGCUCGAACGAGAGUUUUUCUUUAAUGUUUACAUCAACAAAGAGAAGAGGCUGCAGCUCUCGCGCAUGCUGAACCUCACCGAUCGACAGGUGAAAAUCUGGUUCCAAAACCGACGAAUGAAAGAGAAGAAAUUAAGUCGAGAUCGUCUGCAGUAUUUUUCCGGUAACCCUCUUUUGUGAACUGUGUUGGGUUUUUUCUCAUAUACUGGAUAUUAUAGUAAUUCCCAAAAAAUGCAAUGCAAAGUUGAAUCAUAAUGAAGACAGAGCUUGAUUUUAAUACUUGGUUGUUGAUACGCAAAAGUUGGGACAUUUAUGGACACAUGUUUUCGCCCAGCAUAUCUUGCUUUAUAAUGUCAUCGAUCUUAAGCAUAAAUGAUUUUAAGAGAGUAAUACAUGAAGAAGGUCAUUUCCAUCAUGUAAACACCUUAUUCUAAUAAAGAAUUAGGUUUUAGUUGAGCUUCCCAUCGACUAUAACUAUUUUACUCUGAGUUGACAUAUUGUAAUGGACGUUUCGAUGAAAUUGUUGAUUGUCUCUAAGAUUAUUAUUAUUAUUAUUAUUAUUAUUAUUAUUAUUAUUAUUAUUAUUAUUAUUCUUUAGAAUCUUGUAGACUCUUUAUUUACAGGAAAAUUCCCACCUUUGAGACUAUGCAAUAUGAUUAAUCACCAUUGUCUAUUAUUACUCACUGUAAAUAUGUAUUUUUUAUUUCAUUUUGAAUUUCUUUUUCACUUGCAUUAUCCAUUCUGGUGAACAGAAAACGUCUCAGUGAAGAGAAGGCUGCAGAGUUUUCUAUUUCUAUGCCAUUGUAAGCUGUUGUUUAUGCUAGCUGUUUACAUGUUACGCAAUGGAAGGGGAGAGGGGGAGGCGCUGAAUAUAUGCAUAUGCAAAUUUAAGAAUGUACUUAAAAAAAUAAAGGAAACUCAUUUUCUUUAUUUAAUUCAA